AUGCACCAGUCAACUGGCGACCCAACAGAAGAAUCGUUGCCCUCCAGGCGGGCCCUGUUUGAUGGAAUCCCAAGGACACCUUUGGUUCAAAACGCGCUGGCCCUCCCUGGAUUGACGCCUGUGCCUGUGCUUCCUUCGACUCCGAUGGUUCCCACCCCGAGUAACCCAAUCCCCAAGCCACCCCCAGCGGUGCCUCACCCUGCCCGACGUCGGGGCCGGACCGAGGUGAUCAAACCCAAUGACAGCUCAGCGCAGGCACUCCUGGUUAUGUUACAGAAAUCACAUGAUCGCCAAGAACAGUCACAACUGGAGGACCGCCGGGUGGCCGAGAAGAAAUCAGAUCAGAAAGAGGUAGCGCGCGUGCAGGCUAAGGCUGAGGCAGACCACGACCAAGCCAUGCGGGAGGGCCAGCUCCAGAUUGAUCGGGACCUGGCUGACAAGAGGAAUCAGCUAUUGGACGAGGAGCACCGUGCACGAGAGGCGGAUCGGAAGGAAGAACGGCGCCUGGAUAUGGAGUGGCGGGCGGAGGAGGGUCGUCGGUACGAGGCCAGUCAACAGCAGUUGGCGGCAGAUAGGAAGGAUCAAGAAAAAGCACGUCGGGCACAGGAACAGUCAAGUCAGUUGUUUCAGGCGGCGCUCAUGCGCAUGCUGGGUGUGGGGGGCGUCAUGCCUCAGGCCGAGGGCCCGUAG